UGAGGGAGGGGAAAAAAUGGGUGGACGGAAAGUCCCUGCGUGGAAAUCCCCCUGACUUGGGCUUUUUUUACCUCAUCUUUUUAUGCUUUUAAACGCUAUCGUAUGCGGCCACUCUCUUUGAGGGCUUGUCAAAGUGCGGGGCGUCCAAAAAUAGCUGCUUCACGUAUAGUGGCGGACACAAGAAGAAGAAAAAGAAGACGAAGAAGAAGAAGACGAAGACGAAGAAGAAGAAGGAGGUUGAAUGGCUCCGAGGAGGCUGAGUGGAGCGGCUGACAACAGGACGAGGCUGCCGAGCAUCCGGGAGGCUUUGUUGUAGCACCAGCCCGACACAUCGGCCAGUUUCCUGUCAAUCAUCCGUGGUCGCCUCCUCCUCCUGGUUCCUCUUCCUCCGUCUGUCCGCCAUGUCGCAAGGACAGAACUUCCUCCCCAAAUUCCUCUUCGUCUCCAACCUGCUGAAGGCGGUGAAGAUCCGCCAGCGGGUGCCCAACGACGUGGUGAAGCCGGUGGCCAGCGGCGGGCUCAUGCACCACCUGCGGGGAAUGCACCGCUACACGCUGGAGAUGAUUGCAAUGAACCACUUCCCGCAGGCCUUCCGGGAGGUGGUACAGGCCGCCAUCCUGGACCGAGCCAUGCAGGCCUCCCUGGAGCAGGAGAAGAAGCUCAACUGGUGCCGGGAGGUCAAGAAGAUGGUGCCCCUACGUACCAAUGGAGAUGGCAACUGUUUGCUCCACGCUGCAUCCCAGUACAUGCUGGGGGUCCAAGACACGGAUCUGGUCCUCCGGAAAACCCUGCACGGCGUUUUGAAAGACAGCGACACUGGAGUCUUUCGGGCCCGUUUCCAGACAGAGCUUCUGCAGUCCCAAGAGUUCACCCAGACGGGCCUCCGAUACACCACCAUGAACUGGGAGGACGAGUGGGAGAAGAUAGUUAAGAUGGCUUCUCCGGUUUCCAGUAGCAACGGCCUCCAGUUUGACUCCCUGGAGGACAUUCACAUCUUUGUCCUCUCCAACAUCCUCCGCAGACCCAUCAUCGUCAUCGCAGACCAGGUGCUUAGGAGCAUGAAGUCGGGGUCCUCCAUCUCCCCCCUCAAUGUGGGCGGGAUCUAUCUCCCGCUGCACUGGCCGCCAGCUGAAUGCUACAAAUACCCAAUAGUGCUGGGUUACGACUCGCAGCACUUUGCGCCCCUCAUCACCAUAAAAGACAGCGGCCCAGAGAUCCGAGCCGUUCCGCUGAUCAAUCCCGGACGAGGAGGCUUUGAGGAGCUUAAGGUGCACUUCCUGAUGGAGAAGGAACAGCAGCAGAAGGAGAGGCUGCUGAAAGACUACCUGCUGCUGAUAGAGAUCCCCGUCAUUGGCUUGGGAUACGAUGCUACGCGGAUCAUCAAUGCUGCCCGGCUGGACGAGGGUAACCUCCCCGAAGACAUGAACCUGAUGGAGGACUACCUGCAGCUGGUCAACCACGAGUACCAGCGUUGGCAGGAGGACAAGGAGCAGGCGUGGGCUGCUCAGCCGCAGCGCCCGCCGCCCUUCUCCGUCUCGCAACUCUCGCUCAUCGAGAUCCGCUGCGCUACGCCGCGGUGCACCUUCUAUGUGUCGGUGGACACGCAGCCCCACUGUCACGAGUGCUUUGAGAAGCGGCAGGCCACGACGGGUGGUGGAGGAGCCAGGAUAGAAGGCCUGGUGCAGACCAAGGGAGGGGGUGUUCAAGGCGGUGGGUUGGACAACGAGGGGAGCUCCAGAGGAGGCCGAAGCGGCAGCCCUCCGUCCUCCUCGUCAAGUCGGGUGGUGUUGUCGAGCCCGCGCUCAGCGCCGCCCACAGCCCCCAGCCUCAGCUUGUACAGUGAAACCCACGCCAUGAAGUGCAAGACACCCGGGUGCCUCUUCACCCUCAGCGUGGAGCAUGACGGACUUUGUGAACGCUGUUUCAACUCCAGGCAGAACCAGGGACCUCCUGGAGCUGGAACAGCUUCCACGGGACUCUCAGACCCCGAAGCAGGGGCUGUAGCACCUCAUGCGGCACAGGGCCCGGGCUGGAGCCAGUGGGGGAGCCGCAAGACAGAGACGGAACGCUGCAGCAUGUGCAGGCAGGAAGCUUUUAGGAUAUUCAAUGGGCUGUGUCCACCCUGCAUGCAGAGACAGCAGGCUCCAGACAGGGGGGAAGCACAGCCAAACAAGCCAAGGACUGAGGCCUCGUCUUCAGCUUGGAGUCAAGCGAGGGACCCCGAGCGGCCUUGCCUCACCUUAACCCCAGGGCACACCUCUGCCUGGCAGGCCCCUCUAGCCCGGCCCUGUAAAAGAUCAGGCUGCCAGUUCUUUGGUACGCCGGAGAAGUUGGGUUUCUGCACUAUUUGCUACGUAGACUAUCAGACCAACCACCACCUGACACCUCCCCCAGCCCCGGCUCAGAGUCGGCACGGUUUGGAGGCCGGUUUCCAGAAUGCGACCCGGUGUCGUGGGCAGGGCUGUGGCGCAGUCGGCAAGGCCAUGCUGGAGGGUUACUGCGACAAGUGCUACGUCAAAGAGCAGAGUGCACGGCUCAACCAAGUGGCACACCGCACACCACACUCCCCUCCUCUGGUCAUGCGUGACCGAGCGACCAAACCCCGAUCCACGCAGCAAUCCCAGACCCAAACCCAAACCCAGACCCAGUGCCGGCGGAGCGGCUGCAGCAACGUGUCCCCGGGCUGCACGGACCUCUGUCCCGAGUGCCACACGCGGGGCCAAGGCCGUGAGGCGGGCAGGCGGGCGCAGGCGCCCAAGGAGAAGUCCAAGCAGCGGUGCCGGACGCAGGGCUGCGACCACUACGCUAACCAAGAGAAACAGGGCUACUGCAACGAGUGCGACCACUUCAAACAGAUAUACCGCGGCUGAUCGCGUGCGUGACACUGACAUCGCUAGCAUGCUAGCACGCCCUGUUGCCAGGCGCACCAUGCCAGUCAAUGCACCUCUGAUACUAACUCACCAAUUAACUAACUAGCUAGUGACUAACUAGUAACCUUAUGGCCUGAAAAUCACCCCCCUCUCCCCCAUGUAGAAUGUGAAGCGAGUGUGUGUGCACGUGGGGGAAGUGAAUGUGUGUGUGUUUGCAGUAGACAUGGCCUCCAGAAUACCUCUUUGUGCAAUUAUUAUCAUCUGACAAGCUGCGUGCACUUAACACGGCGAGAGGUUUAGGCGACGUGUCAGCAGAGCAAGCGACUUGUGUACAAAAUGUAUUUAGAGGUACGUGCUGACUCGUGCCGGACACAAUGAUUGUACGUCGACAUAACGAAAAGCAUCUGACUUUUUGCUUUCUAGACCACAGCCAAGGAUCGUCUGUCUGUCUCUCUGUCCUGUCUCUACCCAUCUGUGCCUGUCUGUCUUGCCCUACAACAAUUCUGUGCAAAUUUAAAGCCCCCAAAACCAACUGGCGAUCACUAUUAGUUCGCAUGCACCCCUUCCUCUCCUUACUAAAUACGUCGGCCAAAAAGCUCUUACAAUCAGAUUACACAAGUACCUUCCAUUACCCAGUUUUGCUUUUGAAAGUCUUGUAUUCUUAUCAGUUUAUAUUGAAUUAAUAUUGCAAACCAGGCUUUGUCCAAACAAACAUGGGAUUUUUUUCAGAAACUAUAUUUUAGGUCUCCGGAUAUGCACUUUUUUGGAAAACUUGGACCAGGGUAGAGACUCGCCAAACCUCAGCAUGUGCAGUUUGGCUGGUCUCCUUUGUAUGAUGUCACAGCGUGCACCGUCACUGUUUUUCAUGUCACUUCGACAUUCCCACCAUGAUGAAGAGUGGAGAAACAGAGCUUAACACUGUAAAAGAGAUUCAUUUUAAAUGCGCUUAACGUGGAGGCUGUUGGGGAAAAUAUACGUUUAAAAAAAUGCAUGUAUGUUUGGACUUACGCCUAUGGAAGUGUGUGUUCAGACAGUGCAAGACAGACAGGGCAGGCUCCUGCUGGUUUUGGUGCUACAUGCAAAGAGAGCCUCUCCAUUGUAGCCAACAUACUGGCAGUCUCUCUCACACACACACACACACACACACACACACACACACACACACACACACACACACAGACACAGACAGCAUUCUUCUUACAGCAUUUACUUUUUUAUUUGGAGCCAGCCCCCCUUUCCUUGCUUUUUAACAACAGCUCAGUUGCCUUGGAUGUUGUUUUUCCUGUUUACAGACCACUUAAGCACCUAGAAACUCCAGUUCCAGUCUUGGUGAGGACACGGUGACAGCAGACUGGAACAGGAUCCACCUCACUACCACACGCACACACACGCACAGCACAUGUAAAUCCAGCUCUAGGUUUGUUGUAGAUGCCGCGUCCCAGUCGGAGGUGAGCUUCUUUACCUGCGGGGCCACGGCGACAGCUUUCCACCGAGCAUACAAACCUUUGAUUGCCUGCUUUGGCACAAUCUCAUUUCUCUGAAUGUGUUUGUGCUGCUGCUGCAACAGCACAGUAUUGUAUUGGGGCUGAUCCUCCAUAGGUUUUUGCCUUUAAGACGGACCAGAGGGGCCUGAUUGCUGGAUCAGUGCUCCCGCUUCUUCUUCUUAUUAUUAUUAGUAUUCUUCUUCUUCUUCUUCUUCUUAAAAUGCAUUUGUGAAUAUGGAUCUCGGUCCAUGUUGUAGGACCUUUCCGACCUGAUGCCUCAUCUUUAAACACACACACGUGCGCGACUCAAAUAGUACGCAAAACUGACAUUCCUGUUUGAUUUUUUUUUUAAACUAGGGUUUCCAAAUGUAUUUUAAUAGCUUCUUCUUGUUUUAUUUGCCAAAAUAAUGUACAUGUGCCAUCAAAUCGCCAAACAGUUGUUGUUAUACCUCCUUUAAAAAUGGCCGGCUCGGUCCAUUUCGCAGCCAGCGUGCCACAGAUAGACAUUGCAGCGCCCUUUAUUAUGAUUACAUUGGAGGCUUUAAAGUCGAACGCCCCUCCUGAAGUUGUGCAAUCUGGACUUCAAACAAUAAAAUAUUCUGGAAAUGGAGUAGGACCUAAAAUGGAACUUACUGUGACAGGAAAGGGUCCGGGCUGCUCCAUACAAUGAGCAAUGCCGUUAAUUAAAUAUCACACCAAUAUUUAUCCCCAAGCUGAUGCUAACGUGAAUAGCAUGUAGCCAGUAAUGACUAGCAUGACAAUGAUUGGCAAUAACUCUCCUAUUAGCCUCUUUGUCAGGGGUCCUCAAAUGGUGACUCGGUUUGAUUCAUUUUUGUCCUGUUUGCCCUAAAUACUCCAAAGAGAAAACUCAUUAUAUAUGACAAGUUGCAUUUUUUAACUAAUGAUUUGGAGGGCAUGAGAAAGUGCAAAGGAAGACGUAGCUCUCUUGGACCACACGGUCAUUUAUUCACAAGUAUAUUUCACGACAGCAGCAACAGAUCCAAUGAUUCAAUCGCAAUCAGACGCAAACUGCACAGUCAGCAGUAUUAGAGUUCAUUAGGAGGUUGCCUACAGCCGCAGCUGUUAAUGCCAUUGUUUUGUGACCCAGCACAAAUUAGGGACUAAUUAACAUCUAUAGAUAAUUGGGGCAUUUCUGUUAAUUUAAUUUUGCGGUGUUUAACUUGGCUUUGUAUUAAUUAUGAAUGGCAAAAUGUUACUUAAAACAUCAUCUCUAAGGUUUUGUUAUGGCAGCAGUUUGACCCCGUAACAGACUAAUUCACUUUAGCCGAUUUCCCAGGGGAAUAAUAGUUUUCAAAGUGUCAUGAAACGGCUCGCGUUCAACUUGGAGGGUUCCACUGGAGCCGCUUUACAACCCCAUUCAUUCUCAGUUCCAAGUUCAGAUUCGAAUCGAAAGGGGUCCUCCUCGUAGGCCUCCGCACGAGCUGAUGUCCAUCUGUGGCUGCAGCCAACAGGCCAACUCUGCCUUCACGUUCAACUGUAGUGUCGAUGGCCUGUACGUAUACAAUAGAUCUCUGUGUGCUUGAAUCACCUCUAGAGCCACCUUAAUACACAAAAUAGCGGUUGAGCUCAUCCAGACUUUGCUUUUGACGAGGUUCUGACGUGGGUGUGGGCCUGCAGGGAGGAGGUCACGCACGAUGGAGUCGCACAUAACACGACUAUCCGAUCUGCUGCGGGUACUUCGGACUCGCUUAGGGAUUGUCCAAGAGUUGGAUGAGAGGCAGAAGAAGAAGGUGUAACAAAACCAUGCAAACGACUUUCUUUGUGUGACCUUUCCGCAAUGGGGUGUUGUAUGGAGAGAGAGGAAAAAAAAAACUAAAGCCUGGUUUUAUUUGUUAAGUAUUUAUUCAUAUCAAGUUAUGUGUAUUGUGUGAUUCAAUAAUUAUUUAUAUGUUGUCCUGAAAUGAAUUAUUUUUAUUAAGAAAUCUCAA